AUGGCAGCCACGAGGGAUCACAGAACGGCGCUACGACUGACGUUGGUAUGUCGGGAGGCGCGGGAAUGGUACGGUCGUCAUCGCCUCAGUGUUCCUGAGCUUAAUCCUGGGACUAGGGUCGAGCCUAUCUUAUAUUCGGCAGUCAAGCUCUCAAACGAGGCAUCGGUCGAAAUCCUUCUCAACACGAUGAUUACCUCCAACAAACCCCAGUGGUUCUACGCUGAUCAUGUCCGAUCGCUUGUUAUCACUCAGAAAGCCCAUAUCCCUUCCCUCAUCCAAAUCUUGCUCGCUUGCCCUCGUAUCUCGCACCUGACCUUUUGGAGCAUCCCUGAACACGGAAGUCCUUCUUCAAGAUCGACAGUGUUAUUGCAAUCGUCGCCAUCCGGCAGCGGACCACGACUCUAUCUGUCGAAUCGACAAGCAGCAACCCCGAUGCCGGUUUGCCAUUACGAUUUCCCGGACGACUGCUUCGAGACUAUUCGACCACGGUUUCUCACCGUGUCUUUCAGACGCCACGGUCUUCCUCAAGUAAUCUCCAACCCCGAUUUUCAGCGUGGAUUUUUCGCCCAGGUUACCCAUUUCUCAGUCCUCAAUUCCUUCGAGGAAUGGGCCACCUGGAAUCAUAUCCACCAGCUUCCUUCCCUCACCCAUCUAGCGCUUGAUUUCAACGUCGCCAAGGCAAGGGGCCUCCACUACCAGCACCACGUUCGCCAAAUUGCCAAAUGCAUUCAAGCGAUUCUGCGGAAGUGUCUUCGUUUGCAAGCACUAGUCAUUCUACUUCUAUUCGACGACCAACCACAGUGGACUGCAAGCGAAGUGAUUGAAGCGAUCAAGGAAGCUGAGGAAGCAGAAUCAACGGUGUUCCCUUUCCACAACCCAGUUCGAGUGGUGGACCCCCGAUUGGUUUGGGCGAGGAAGACGAACCCUUUCGCUGGGAGAGAAGCGCACUCGGAUUCGGAGCAGAAUAUGUGGUGCGCUGCUGAACAUCAAGUCCAAAGUCAGCUGCAGCCCAGCAUGGCGGAAGUAGAAGGCGGUACGUCGGAUGUCUGA